CCGAAAGAAAUCAAUGUACAUGUACAUAACCAAUUUUUCUUUUUGGUGGUUGAUACGUCCAAUUAAACCAUCCAAGACUCAGCCAAACAUUAACCAAGAGUCCAAGACUAGACAGACUACUAAUAAAUCUUCCAAUUCCUCCACUCCCACAAACAUGGAACAUUAAAAUGGCUUCAUGCAGCUUCUCAUUGUUAAUCAUCAUCAAUUUUAUCAUAAUCACCGGAUUUCCAUUUUCAGUGAUAGCCCAAGAAUCACUCAACAGGAACGUAACUCUGCGCUCCUCCAUCGUCGCAAACGCCAAUGCCAAUUCCACCUGGACGUCGCCUUCGGGUGAAUUCACUUUCGGGUUCUGGCAGAUCUCUCCUGGAGCUUUCUUGCUAGCCAUCUGGUUCGAUCAAAUACAUGAUAAAACACUAGUUUGGUCAGCUAAUCGCGACGAACCAGUUUCUGCUGGAUCGACAGUCCAGCUUUCCACAGACGGAACGCUGGAGCUAGUCGAUCAAACAGGGCGUCGGGUGUGGGCUAGUCAUGCCCGGUCAGGUACGGUUGCCUACGCCGCCAUGCUCGACACUGGAAACCUCGUGCUUGCCUCCAACACUUCGGCUAUCCUCUGGCAGAGUUUUGAUUCCCCCACUGACACUUUAUUACCGACUCAGGUACUCAAUCGACAAAGUAGUGUUCUAUAUUCCAGCUUCUCUGCGACCAAUUUCUCGAAAGGGAGAUUCAAAUUUACGUUGCAGGGCGAUGGAAAUCUGGUGCUCAUCUCCAGAUCAGUACCCUCAGAUGAAAACCUAAAUACCUAUUGGUCAUCCAAAACUCUUGAAACAGGCUUCCAGUUGAUCUUCAACAAUUCCGGCAGCAUCAACCUCUACCAGCAAAAUGGAACCCUACUCCGGCCUCUCUUUGAAAGCGGACCUCUGGUCGGGCAGUUUUACCAUAGACUGGUGCUAGAACAUGACGGAGUCCUCCGCCACUACGUGUAUCCUAAGUCUGCUAAUUCAUCCUCGGCGUGGUCUGUACGUGACUUUGAGCCUUCCAACAUAUGCAGCGCUGUUGUAGAACGUCAUACAGGCGGCGGUCCUUGUGGUUUCAACAGUUACUGCUCAAUUAAAGCUGAAGGACGACCGAGCUGCAACUGCCCCUUAAAUUACUACCCAAGGGGUGGUGGCCUUAGUGGUUGCACGCCCGAUUUCGUGCAACAAAGAUGCGACCAUCAACAAGUGCAGGAUGCACUGAGUUUUGGAUUGAUAGAGAUGUACAACAUAGAUUGGCCUUUCGUGGAUUAUACAAAGUUGAGGAACGUCGACGAAGAUACCUGCCGUCAAUCCUGCCUUUCCGAUUGUUUCUGUGCUAUUGCAAUAUAUUCUGACGGAGAUUGUUUUAAGAAGUCUCUGCCCUUCUCCAAUGGGAGGCUGGAUUCUGGUUUUGCCGGAAAGGCCUUGAUAAAGGUCAGGAUGAACAACACUUUGGCAUCGAAUCCCUACACCACUACCUCAGGCGGAGAGAGCAGUAAGAGUAGCGGUUCCACUACUCUUACCAUAACAUUGUCGGUCCUAUUAGGCUGUGCAGGGUUAUUGUUUCUUCUUUCGAGUUUCUUUUUUGUUUUCUACUUGAAACGUAGAAAAACAACAAUUGUGGAACAGAGGAGUCAUGUGCAACCUGCUGUAGUGAGCACGAUAAGUAGCUUCAGCUUCAAAGAGGUAGAAGAAGCUACCAAUGGAUUCGAUGAAGAAUUGGGGAGGGGUGCUUGCUCCAUAGUCUACAGAGGUACUCUGAAAGAUGAUGGAAAAGUUGUUGCCGUCAAGAAGUUGCACAAGAUUUUCGAACAAGCAGAUGAUGAGUUCAAAGCCGAAGUGAGCUCAAUUAGCAGAACCAACCAUAAGAACCUUGUGCAGCUGGUAGGAUAUUGUGAUGAAGGGCAAAACAGAAUAUUGGUGUACGAGUUCAUAACCAACGGAUCUCUAGCCACUUUCCUCUUCCAAAAAUUACCAAGGCCUAACUGGCAUACAAGAGUGCAGAUUGCAUUUGCAAUAGCAAGAGGGAUUUGCUAUCUGCACGAAGACUGCAGCAUGCCCAUCAUACACUGCGACAUCAAGCCUCAGAACGUGCUUCUGAACGAGACAUUCACCCCCAAAAUAGCAGAUUUUGGGCUAGCCAAGCUUCUCAAAGCUGAUCAGACAAGAACCGUCACUGGAAUAAGGGGGACAAAAGGAUAUGUGGCUCCGGAAUGGUUCAGGAACAUGCCCAUAACAGUCAAAGUGGAUGUGUACAGCUUCGGAAUCAUGCUGCUUGAGCUGAUGUGUUGCAGAAGGAGUUAUGAAGCAGAUGUGGAAGACGAGGGAGAAGCUGUUCUUGCUGACUGGGCCUAUGAUUGUUACCAACAAGGGGCAUUAGAUUUGCUGGUGGCGGGCGAUGAGGAGGCGAAGAGCGACAUGAAAACGUUGGAGAUAUAUGUGAAGACAGCCAUAUGGUGCAUUCAAGAAGAUCCAACAUUGAGGCCUCACAUGAAUAUAGUAAUGCAUAUGCUUCAAGGAUCGAUGCAAGUCCCUACUCCUCCAGAUCCUACUGCAUUUAUACACUGAUUACUAUAUCCAAAUAGUGUCUCAUUUGCUUAUGAUACAAAUUUUAGAUUUGAAUAUAUUGCAAGUGAAAUAAGAGUCUCAUUUUUAUUGUAAUAUUAUAAUGGAUC